GGAGGAGUCUUCAACAAAUGCAAUGGAUUACAGUUACACUUCCGGCACAAUGCAACCAGAGCCAAUAUGUGAACAAGAAGAAACUAAAACAUUUUUAUCAUCUUAUAUAUCUUCUCUUUUCUGUAUACUCUUCUUUGCAAGUGUGAUUGGUAACAGUGUUAUUCUAGUUAUUCUGGUUAAGAAGGAAAAGUUUCAUUCAGUCACUAAUAUUUUUUUCUUGAACCUGGUUGUCUCCGAUUUAAUAUUCUCUACUACAUUGCCUUUCAUAGCAAUUGUUCAUACUCAUGAUUGGAUUUUUGGAGAGGUAUUAUGCAAAAUGCAUGUAGCUGCUUUUCAGAUUGGUCUCCAAAGUUUUGUUAUUUUUAUUACACUAAUAACAAUUGAUCAGUACUUUACCAUAGUUCAUUCUUGGUCUACAACUUCAAGAUCAAGAGUCAAAUGUGCUGUUUAUAUAAGCUGCUUUGCUUGGUUACUCAGUAUGCUUUUCAGUAUCCCAGACAUCAACUAUUAUGAAGUAGCAAACGAUUAUGGGAUAGCAGUUUGUAAAGCUCACAGUGUUAAAGAACAAGCAUACUGGUGGUUUAUUGUAGGCCAUUAUAAACAUUUUAUUUUGUUUUACAUUUGUCCUCUAGCUAUUAUUCUGCUCUGCUAUCUUGGAAUAGGGGUAAAAUUGUCCAAAUGCCAUAUCAGAAAAAAAUCAAGAGUUCUAAAAGUUAUAUCAGUCAUUGCUGUACUUUUUUUUCUUUGUUGGACUCCAUACAACAUACUUAUGUUUCUUAUGUUCAAAGAGCAAAUUGAUAUGUUUGCACAUUGCAACAACCCUCUACAGUAUACAUUUCAUAUCUGUCAAGCUAUUGUUUACAUUCAUUGUUGCAUGAACCCAUUCCUGUAUGCUCUUUUGGGGACAAAGUUCAGACGACAUUUAAACUUUACUUUCAAAAGGUUUAGAUCAAAGAGUAUGUCACAGCAACAAGACCUGAGCUUAAAAACCAGCAUGGUUAAUGGCCUUUAGUAAAACAAGCAUUAUUUUUAU